CCCAGUUCCCAACUGGGUCUUCAUACAAAAGUCGGAACCCUAUAAAAUCCCCUAGUGACCGAUCUUUCAUCGAAACUGUAUCAUUCGUCAUCACGCUUCGAUCUUUACUCUCAAGUUUUCAAAUAACUCUGUUUUGGAAACAAUGGGUGGAAGUUUGAUCGAUGACGACUGGGAGUUGGCUGUCCCAUUCAAUGAGGUUAAAACGGUUGUUUUAGUUGGACGUACUGGCAAUGGGAAAAGUGCAACAGGAAAUAGCAUUCUCGGAAGGAGGGCUUUCAAGUCAAUGAGAAGUCCUGCUGGAGUUACAAGCUCUUGUGAACUGCAAAGAACUGUAAUGAGUGAUGGCCAAGUCAUCAAUGUUAUUGACACUCCUGGACUAUUUGAUUUUUCUGUUGCACAAGACUAUAUUGGCAAGGAGAUCGUGAAUUGUAUUAAUCUAGCUAAAGAUGGAAUUCAUGCAAUUAUUGUUGUUUUCUCAGUCAGAAACCGUUUCUCAAAAGAAGAAGAAGCUGCAAUUCAUAGCUUGCAGUCUUUCUUUGGAGAGAAAAUUACUGACUACAUGAUUAUAGUUUUUACGGGUGGCGAUGAUUUUAAUGAAGAUGAUACUUUUGAAGAUUAUCUGAGUCGGGACUUUCCCGAGUCUUUUCAGGAAAUUCUCCGCCUGUGUAGAAAUCGAGUUGUACUUUUCGAUAACAAGACAAAGGAUGAACGUACACGGAUUCAACAGGUCAAGCAACUGCUCUCCCUUGUGAACAUGGUCAUUGCGGAGAAUGGUGGACAGCCCUAUUCCGAUGAGUUCUUUGCUGAAUUGAGGAACGGGGCUUUGAAGUUGCGUCAACAGCAAGAGGAUGAGUCUUUAAAGGGGCACACCAAAAAGGAAAUGUCAGAACUGAAGGAGCACAUGUACAAGUCAUAUGAGGAGCAACUCAAGCGAAUAACUGAGAUGGUUGAGUCAAAGCUUAGAGAGACCACCAAGAGGCUUGAACAACAGUUGGAGGAAGAGCAAGCAGCUAGAUUGAAGGCUGAACAAGUUGCGCAAGCUGCUCAACAGAAAUCGAAUGAAGAAAUCUGUAAGCUCAGGGAGAGUUUGGAGAGAGCCCAGAGGGAGACUGAAGAAUUUCGCAAGCGAGCUGAAAGUGGAAAGUGUGCCAUUCUAUGAUUGGUUUCGCAUGCCAGUGUUCUUAAACUAUGGGUCAUAAGUAUAUUUUCCUGGAGACACCUAACCUUAGAUUAAGUUGUUUUAUUUGAUAUUUCUCUGUACAUAAAUAUAUUUCAGU